AACGUUCAGCUGCGUUUAGAGUUUAGAGUUUAAAUGCUCCUGGUUCUGUUUAAGCAGAACAGCGGUAUACACCCUCAUUAUUUAGAGAUAAAAAGUUAAAUCGUUUAUUUUGUUUGUGUUCCAGGGUUGAAACUGAUAUGAACUGAAGUAAAGACUGAAGAAGCGCACCUUCAACAUGUGUGUGGUUGAAACUGAUAUGAACUGAAGUAAAGACUGGGUGGUGUUGAAGGCACCUCAGGGAUCUGUUCCAGGGAACGUUACAGUGAUUGGACGGGCUACAGUGUAAUGUACUACAGUGUAAUGUCUUUAAAUGGCAGCUGGGAUGGAUAAAGUCAUUAGCUGCUUCAGCAGGAGGCCGGACGCUGUGGUCAGACUGAUCUGCUUCCCCUGGGCAGGUGGAGGCUCCAUCCACUACGCACGCUGGGGGAGACUCCUCAACUCCUCUGUUGAAGUGUAUUCAGUCAGACUGCCCGGCAGGGAGAGCCGAGCUAAAGAACCAUUCUUCCAGCACAUGCAGCAGAUCCUCGAUGAGGUCAUCAGUGUGCUUUUGCCAGAACUCAAGGAGAAACCAUUUGCUCUCUUUGGACACAGUUUUGGUGCUAUGACCAGCUAUGCCUUUGCCGAGUAUGUGAAAAAAGUUCACAAUCUUGAACCAGUCCAUGUGUUUCUCUCUGGAGCUUCUGCGCCUUAUUCUGAAACCAGAUUACAAGCCCCACGGAGAAGCCAACUGUCUGAUGAAGAAUUCCUUCAGUGGAUGACCUCGAUUGGAGGAACUCCUCCUGAAAUAUUGGCCAAUCCUGAAGUGCUGAAGCUGUUCCUGCCAGCUUUGAAGGCGGACCUCGGUGUAGUGGAGAAUUACAGGUGUAGCAGGCCAACAAGACCUUUUCUUUCAUGUCCCGUCUCGUGCUUUGAUGGCAAGGAAGACAUGCCACACGACUUACAAGCAUGGCAAGCUAUGACUAGUGGUGAUUUCACUGUGCAGAUGCUCUCCGGAUCACACUUCUACCUGAAAAACCCAGACAAUGAGAAGAUCAUACUGGACCACAUCACGAAACAUCUAGAAACAGCUGAGAUGGACUACUUGUAGAGUGCCAUUGGAUCAUAUUUUUAAGGCAACCAGAUAAAAUGAUAAUGUGAAACAGAGCCAACGAUUAGCCUGACAUUCUGAUUUCUACAUGUUGCACUGAGAAAUGCUAUUUCUAACAUUUUUAAUCAUUUUUGAUUGUGUGCUUUACUGCCCAGAGCAGUCUACAAAUAUUAUAUAUAUAUUAUAAGAUCCAGAUCCAAGCAUUAUCAAUGUGCGAAUUUUUGUAUAUUGUAAAAAAACAAAUAUAAACAUGUAUAUUGAUGUUAAACAUUAUGUUCUGAUUAUGCCACAGUUAGUUUCGACCCUGCAAUGUGAUUGGCUGAGAGGCGUUAUAUUAGUGCCGCUAUCAGCCGGUAAUGCACUGUAACUGAAGCUCUCCAUGUAUUACUCCACCACAUACAGGUAACUUGCAGAGUUUUUAGAACUGAACAGAUUGUAUUUUCUCAUCCUCUUUAACUCAAAAUCUUUCAAUAAACUGUGAUAAUGCAACUGUGGUGUAUAAUCACAAUAAUACAGUCAAGGUUUGUGCAAUAUAUUAUAGCACUCCCUCUUAUAUUGCUUAAAUAUAUAGGGAAGAACAAAGGAAUUUAUUCAGGGUAUUUUUGGGACAUUUAUAUUGACCAAUUUAUAGUAAAAUGUUUACGCAUUGUUAAGUAGCUGACCUUGUUAAUAACAUAAUUUAACAUUCUAACAAUUGACAUGAAAAAUUAGUUAUGUUUUGAGUUAUGUUUUGUUUGUAUGACAGAAAUUACAUGGCGUGGCCUACUUUGACCCUCUUUCAGCUCCUAUGUUGUCCUCAGGUGACUUUAGCAGAUUUUGUUAAUGGGGGUGAGUAAGGAUGGCUGGUGUCGGAUCUGUGUUAAAGAAUGUUCUGUACCUCCUACAUUAAUGUGCAAUUAAGGAGGCAGAGCUGACUAACAUUGCCUGUCUGAAAUGGAAAAAGUGUGGCUAAAUCGAGCGUCCUCCACAUUGUGUGUACAGAGGAUGCAGUGAAACCAUGCAAGUUGGCUAAUUAUUAGUGAAAAGCACAGCAAGCUUUACUCAUGCACUCCAGCGUCUUACAAAUGUGAGGAUAAAUGCUAUUUAUAAAUGGCAGAAAUGUAAAAACAAUGAUAAUCCAAAGCUUAAAUGUUACCUUUUAGGAAUAAUGUUAAAAAUCACAUUAUCUUGCAAUCUUUCCACAGGUCUGAAAAGCUAUCAUACGUUUUGUUCUCAUGCUUGUAAAAUUAAAAUAAAAGUAUGUUAAUCCAA